GGACUCGGACUGUGCCGCGGAUGAAUGGUGCCGGGGGAGGCUGCCCUGCAGGGCUGGGAGCAGCUGUCAGCAGCCUUGCCCCCUGGAGAGACGGCGGCUGAGGGGCGUCCGGUUUAUGGGCAGCUGCGAGAAUGGAGACGGGGGUCCAUGGCGCCCUGCCCCACAGCUCUAGCCGCUAGGCCCUACUCUCCUCCUAGAGCCGGGGAGAGAACCCGGGUGUCCUGGCUCCCAGCCCCACCCUCACGUCCCUGCUCUCCUCAGUACAGCCCCAGAGCUAUGCCCUGAGUCUGUGUUGGGUAGAGGGAGAGCAGGGAAGCAACAUGGACCCUGAAAUCUCCAUCAUGCUGCAGUGCCCGUCUCCCAAGGGCCUGGUUGAGACAGAUGUGCAGGCAGAGCUCUCCCCAGCCUACGACCGACGCCAACUGCCUGGGACCCAGACCUGGAUUGAUGCAGUCUGGGAGGCCCGGUGCCACCACAACCCCUGGCUUUUCAAUGGCUCCAAAUUCCGGUUGCACUCAGCCCAGUUGGAAGGGGACUCCCUGACCUUUCGUCUGGGCCUCACUUGUUACAAGGAUUUCCUGGGCACCAACCGAGCUGGCAUAGCCAGGCAUCUCCAGCAGCAGGGAUGGCAGGACUUUGGGGACAGCCAGGCCUACCUGGCAGAGCCACUGGGUGUGGGUGCCAUGGUGCAUACCUCUGAUGACUGCUUCGUCUUCCUGCGGCGCAGCCUGAAGGUGGGCGAAGCACCUGGCCUCAUAGAUAUACCCGGUGGGCAUCCUGAGCCACAGGCUGUGAUGGGGGAUAUCCCAGAAGAAUCCAUCCGUUUGGAAGAUCUGCCCAGACCGCUGGUUGUUAAGGAGAUCUUCUCCUCUAUUCUGAGGGAGAUCCGAGAUGAGGUCAAUCUUCCAUUGCCCACCCUAAGCCAGCCAGUGCUGUUGGGCAUCGCUCGCAACCAGACCAGUGCCGGUCGGGCCAGCGCUGAGUUUUAUGUCAGAUGCAGCCUGACUUCGGAGCAGGUGAAGCAGAGAUAUGAGAUCGGGGGGCCUGAAGCACAAGAAUCCACUGGCAUCAUCUUCGUCAAGAGAGAGGAUGUCCUGACUCUGGAGCAGACCGGAGAGAUGUGGAGGGAGCUUUGUCCAUCUGCCAAAGGAGCUGUCAGACUCUACAUGCUGAUGCAGGGUGGGGGGCAGUGACAGGAAGGGGACUGACUCUGAGGCCAUCAUAUACCAAACGGGGCAUCAACAGACCCUGCACAUGCCAGCCCUAUGUUGUGGAGCCAAAAGGAGGGGGAUUACUGCAGGACCAGACUCUCCUCUCCAGGGGCAGGGCCCAAUUGUGGUUUUUUUUAGCCUUUGCUGUUAAGAACCCAUCUGCCAAUAAAGAACUUUAUUCUCUGACACA